CGGCCGCGAACUGGGGGGCCGAGAGGCCAUGGCGACGUUAGCCCGACUGCAAGGUCGGUCUUCGUUUGUAGGAAGUCAGUACUACUUUAGGAACAGUGUUGUGGAUAAUUUUAGAAAAAAGGAGAAUGAUGCUGCAGUUAAAAUCCAAAGCUGGUUUCGAGCAUGUCAAGUUCGGGCAUACAUCAGGUAUUUACACAGAAUAGCAACAAUUAUUCAAAAAUGGUGGAGAAGUUAUUUAGGGAGAAAACACUAUUACCUAAUUGUGAAGGUAGCAUAUUAUACUAUGAAGAUGAAUUUCUACAAUGCAAUGGCUGUCAGGAUUCAGAGAUGGUGGAGAGGAUAUAAAAUUCGGAAGUAUGUGUUUAAUUAUUUUUAUUUGAAAGAGUACCUGAAAGCUGUUUCAGAGACCAAUGAUGCAAUUAGGGAGGCCCUGGAGGAGUUUGCAGAGAUGAAAGAAAGAGAAGAGAGGAAGGCUAACCUCGAAAGGGAACAGAAGAAAAGAGAUUACCAAGCCCGAAAGAUGCAUUACCUCCUCAGCACGAAGCAGAUUCCAGGAAUAUACAAUUCACCAUUCAGAAAAGAGCCUGACCCGUGGGAGCUGCAGUUAAAGAAGGCCAAGCCUCUCAUACACCGAAGACCUAAGGUGACACAGAAGUCCUCCGCAAGCCUUGUGGACUGGCUGGCUUGUACGAGUGCCCGUUCUUUUCCUAGGUCUGAAAUUCUGCCACCUAUUAAUAGGAAGCAAUGUCAGGGGCCCUUCCGAGAUAUCACUGAAGUAUUAGAACAACGCUACAAGCCUUUGGAGCCAACACUGUGGGUGGCAGAAACAAUCACCGAGUUAAAGUUGGCCAGAGGGGAGCUCAGAAGAAAGGAAUGGGUGCAAAAUGUAAAUGACAAUAUGUUUUUGCCAUUUUCUUCCUACCAUAAAAAUGAGAAGUACAUCCCAUCUAUGCAUUCAUCAAGCAAGUAUGGUCCUAAUUCUUAUGGAGAACAUUUCCGAAGUGAAAAUCCUAAGAAAUGGAUCUGUGACAAGGAUUUCCAAACUGUGUUACCAUCAUUUGAUCUCUUCUCAAAAUAUGGAAAAUUAUAUUCAAAAGCUGGACAAAUUGUAUAAAG